AUGGGUAACAAGCUCAUAAUUUUAUCUGAGAAGCUAGUUGGAUCAUGGACUUUACUCACUGAACUUAAUGCAGGCAUGUCAUCUUCUUCCAAACAACUUCAAUUAAAGGAAUAUCUAGUUGAGGCAUGGAAAUUGAAGCUUCCAGUAUUGGAUUUGUCUAAUAAUUCACUAUCUAGCCUCCCCCCUGAAAUUGGCUUGAUGACAACUUUGAGGAGGCUUGUACUCACCGGAAAUCCUAUACGAACUCUAAGAAGGUUUAAAAAGCAACUCCAUUUUAAUUAUUUGAUCCAAGUUUAUAUUCUUCAAGCUGAAGAAGAAAUCAGUCGCAAUAUGGAAGAUCUCUUAAGAGGGAAUAAGUAAUUGUUGUUGUUGUUGUUUUUGCUGCUGCUGAUUGUUGUUGUAGCUGUUAUCCGAUGUUGCUGUUCUUGCUGUUAUGUGUUGUUGCUGAGUUGUGUUGUUGCUGUUUUGUUGUUGAUAUUGUUGCUAUCACUAUUGCUGUUUUUCGUUGUUACCAUUGUUGUUUUUAUUGUUGCUGUUUUUGCUUUUAUGAAUUAUAAUUUCAGUCUCCUGUUGCUA